GCUAUAUAAAGCAUGUCCAUGUGAUUCUGAAAACUCAAACUCGACCAAAAACCAAAACCAUUGUUUCCUUUUUGAGCAUGAAAAUUGAUGUUUAAUUUUUGUUCCCAAACCUGAAUCAUUUCCUUAUUAGAGUUGAAGCCAAAACCGAAACUGAACCAAAAAAUCAAAACAAACUCUGUUAUUGUUUAACUAAUUAACAAAACGAACGAACUCUCCUAUAAACUAGGCAUGGCGUCGUCGAAGGUUGUUGUUGUUUCAACAAAUCCGGAUCUGCCACGCGCCCCUUCUAUAUCUUCUUCUUCUUCUUCUUCUUCCAUCAUUUCUUCUUUUCUUCUUCCCUCUCAUUUUCAUCAUCUACCUCCAAAAAACACCAUCACCAUGGACGAAAUUCUCAAAAACAUUUACCCUGCUGCAAUAGAAGCUGCUUCCAAACAACAACAACAAUCCACCUCCACCGCCGCCACCACCACCAACAACAACAUUGACGAUGUCUGGAGGGACAUCUUCAACGCCGGUGGUGGCACAAACCAUCAUGAUCAUAAAUAUCAAUAUCAAUAUCAUCCUUCUUCUGAUGAAGGUUUCUCUACCUACAGUCCAGGUGGUGAUGAAGUUACUCUUGAAGAUUUCUUGGUGAGAGCUGGUGCUGUUCCUGGUCCUGCUCCUUUCUCUCCUCAUCAAUAUCCUUCUUCUUCUGACGCUUCACAUUCUCUUCAAGUUUCAACUGUUAAACGUAAGGCUGUUGAGGAAACACUUGAACUUGAUAAAGCUGCUCUUCAGAAACAGAAAAGAAUGAUCAAGAAUCGUGAGUCAGCCGCUAGGUCCAGAGAACGCAAACAGGCUUAUACUACUGAGCUUGAGAGCCAAGUUAAGCGUCUGGAGAUAGAGAAUAAGCAAUUAUUAGAAGAAAAGGCAGAGAUGAAAAAUCGGAGGAUCAAAAUGCUUAAAGAGUUUGUGAUUCCAGUUACGGUGCAGCGUAGACCAAAACAGAAACUGCGGAGAUUGAAUUCAUCUUAAACAUUGUGAUUUAUUUAUUUGUGAGCAAUAGAACAUACAGUAAGGUUUUCAGCUAGCUAGGUGUAGAAUUUUCUUUUGUAGGUUACACUCACUUAAGGAGUAGUGUUAGACAAUUUUGUUUCGUAGGUUAUACAUGCCGCUGGUUCUCAAAGUAUAUUGUACAAGCAAAAUACAAGCUAGCACUUUAAUCCGAUCACUUUGAGUAAUUUUUU